AUGUCUUCCUCUGAGGCUGAAGUCGAUAUAAGUGUGGUGUCAAGUCCGGAGCCAAGUCCAUUGGGUGCCGCCGGCAUGAGCAAUGGUCGGGAGAGUCCCUCGGCGCGCUCCAUUGAUGGUAGCUCGCCACCGGCGACACCUACGCACCGCUCGACACCCAACACUGCCGCCGGCACACCCACAUCAUCGUCAGCCAUCGCGGCGCCGCAUUAUCAUCACAGUCCCAAUGGAACGGUGCCGCCGGCGGUGCUGCAUCAUCAUCUGCAACAUCAUCUCAGCUCGCUCAGCGGUCAUCCGGUGGCACUGCAUCAUGCUCUACACAGUUUCGGUCAUCUGCAUCCGGCUCAUGGGGCACCACAUCCCGCGCUGUUGCAACACACACAUCUUGGCGAGCGUUUAAGUUCGCCGACCGCCAUGGCGCCUAAGUCGCCGGAGUUGGAGAGGAACGGCAGUGCCGGUGAUGAGCUGCAUCAUAGCCUGAAUAACAACAACAACAACAACAACAGCAAGACGUUAAAUCACAACAGCACAUGUGCCUCGGCGGCAGCUGCCGCGGUGGCAGCAGCGGCAUCCGUUGGAGCCAACAGCAACGACAGCAAUGCGAGCAGCAAUGGCAACAAGGCGACAACGGGCUCCAACGGCUUCACCAGCUUCUCCAUCUCCAGCAUCCUGAGUCGCAGUGAGCCGGCGAAAAAGAAUGGCGCCACAGCGCUGAUUACGCCCAUUCCUCAACUGCCACAGCCAGGAGCCGGGCCACAGGAUGCGGCCAUGCUCUCAAGAUUGGGUUUCAUCUCACAGUGGGGCGCUCUGGCCGGAAGAUAUGCUGCGUUGUGCCCACCUGGCUGGCCCUGGGCACCGCAGCGAAUGCCCUUCCAUAGUCCAACUCAUGACAGUUCCUCGACAAACACCACGGAAAAUCCACCAUCACCCACAUCGCUGAGUCCCAGCAGCGGCAACAACAACAACAACCACAGCAGCAGCAGCAGCAACAACAACAACAACAACAACAGCACUGCAAAUGCCAACAGUAACAAUACGGGCAAUGGCCACAGCAGCAAGUCACCACCACCCAAUGUGGGUGGUGGCCUGCACCACAGCACACAUCACCCACUCUAUCAGCAGCAGCAACAGCAGCAGCAGCAGCAGCAACAGCAUCCACAUGCUGGCCAACAGCAUCCACAGCAUCCACAUCAGCCCAGCACGCCCACAAGCAGCGCCGCAGGCUUGUCGCAUCAUGGACAUCAUCUGGUUAACUCGCAUGCGAGUGGCGGUGGCUACAUGCUGCCCACCAGCUCCAAUGAAUCGGACGAUGAGGGUGAGGAGAUCAUUGAGGAAGAUGACGGCACUGAUGGUCCAUCGGACAGUUCCUCGCCGCACGGCGAUGGCAGCAACUCGAAGCGCAAGAAGAAAACCCGCACUGUCUUCUCGCGAGCUCAGGUGUUCCAGCUGGAGUCCACGUUUGAUAUGAAGCGCUACCUCAGCUCAUCGGAGCGUGCCGGACUGGCGGCCUCGCUGCGUCUGACUGAGACGCAGGUGAAGAUCUGGUUUCAGAAUCGUCGCAACAAAUGGAAGCGUCAACUGGCCGCCGAAUUGGAAGCGGCCAACAUGGCGAACAUGGCGCAUGCCGCACAGCGUCUGGUGCGUGUUCCCGUGCUGUAUCAUGAUGGCACCACGGCCGGCUUUGUGCCACCACCGCCACCACAUCAUCAUCCGAUGCAGUACUAUGCUGCGGCUGCUGCCCGCAACACAAGUCCACCACGGCCGCCGCUGUCGUCGCUGGUAUAG